UCAUCUCCACCUCACAUGUCUAUGCUUUUCUCUGGAUUAUUUUGUUUUAUUUCAUUUUCAGAACACGAUUUAUCAGCGUACUGCAAGUAGUGAAACUACCAUAAGAAAAGGAUGUUGGGGCGGAGUCUGACCGUUCGUAUCAGAUAAUGCUGGUGAACUUAAUCGGAAAAAGGUUCGCUUCUGUGGGAUAUAUAUGAUUUCUCGAUGACGAGGCAAACAAUUUGAAACCGACCUCGAUAUAACGAGGAGCGUACGUGGCACGCGGAUGCCCGCUACGUAGCCACGUGCCUCGUUGUCACCAUGCAACGUGUCGCCCCCGCGUCGCCAGUUGCUGCUUUUAUGUGCGCUGGCCUGUCCGGGGCUGUAGGUAUUACGAUUCCACUCGAGAACGAAGAGGAAAAAGAGAGAAGAGAUCGUACCGCAAGAAUGCAAGCCGGAAAGAACGCGAUGGCGUCCGUGAAGGAGACGGCCGGCAACGUCGCCGCCUCGGCCAAGGCUGGAAUGGACAAGACGACGGCCACCGUGCAGGAGAAGGUGGAGAAGAUGACGGCCCACACUCCGACGGAGAAGGCGAUGGCGGAGGAGCGGAAGCAGGAGAAGGUACGGGAAGCCGAGAUCAACAAGCAAGAGACCAUGCAGCAGAACGCUGCCGCUCAGCAGAGGACGCUCGCGGCCCACGACGGCGGCCACGUCGCCGAGCCGGGAGUCUACCCCGUCGGUGGAGCGCCGGGGGAGGUGGCCGGCCACCCUACCGGUGGCCACCUGAUUAGCGGCGCGGUGCGGUCCCGCCCGAUAGGCCGGGACACGGGGACGGCGAGGCCCGACGCCGCCCACAACCCCUACGUCGGCUCCACCGAGCCUGCUGCUCGUGGGACCGGCGGUCGCUACGCCUAACGAUCCUCCACCCGUCAACCAUAGGUCUGGAUGACGUUAAGCUCUACAUGACGCCGCGCUCCUUUAGUGUGUCUUGAAGUCUUUUUUGCUAUGUAGUGGCCCAUGCACCUGUCUUUGCAUGCUGCAUAUCGUCGUUGCCUUGUGCGGCAUGCUGAGAAUGUUUGAAGCGAAUAAAAAGGGAAAACUAGCUUGUAGUAUAUACUG